AUGUAUAGCAUGAUGAUGGAAACCGACCUGCAUUCCCCCGGCCCCCAAACGAACACGACCACGGGGCAAACGGGGCCGAACAGCGGGUCCAAAGCGAAUCCGGAGCGGGUGAAGAGACCGAUGAACGCGUUCAUGGUGUGGUCCCGUGGGCAGCGGAGAAAGAUGGCACAAGAGAACCCCAAGAUGCACAACUCUGAGAUCAGCAAACGACUGGGCGUCGAGUGGAAGGUGAUGUCCGAGGCUGAGAAGCGCCCUUUCAUCGACGAGGCAAAACGGUUGCGAGCCAUGCACAUGAAGGAGCAUCCGGAUUACAAGUACCGGCCGAGAAGGAAGGUCAAGACGCUGCUGAAAAAGGACAAAUAUUCCCUUGCCGGUGGACUGCUUUCUGGGCCCAGUGGGGGCGGUGGAGUUGGUUUAGGAGUCGGGAUGAGUUCAUCCGGGGUCGGGCAGAGGUUAGAGAGCCCCGGGGGUCACGGAGGCUCCGCCAGCUCCGGCUACGCGCACAUGAACGGCUGGGCGAACGGUGCGUACUCGGGGCAGGUGGCCGCUGCCGCGGCAGCCGCGGCGAUGAUGCAGGAGGCGCAGCUCGCCUACAGCCAGCACCCGGGGAGCGGAGCGCACCACCACCACCACUCACACCACCAUCACUCACACAACCCCCAGCCCAUGCACCGCUACGACAUGACAGCGCUGCAGUACAGCCCCAUCUCAAACUCUCAGAGCUACAUGAACGCUUCUCCAUCCGGCUACGGCGGGAUCACCUACACACAGCACCAGGGCUCCGGCGUCACCUCCUCAGCUGCCAUGGGGACGUUAGGGUCGCUGGUAAAGUCUGAGCCGAGUGUAAGCCCUCCCGUCAGCAGCACACACUCACGGGGUCCUUGCCCCGGAGACUUGAGAGAGAUGAUAAGCAUGUAUUUACCGACCGGAGAGCCGGGCGACCCGUCAAUGCAAAGUCGACUCCAUGCCCUGCCGCAGCAUUACCAGAGCGCCGCGGCUGGAGUGAACGGGACGGUCCCUCUCACACACAUUUAG